AGACACUUAAAUGCAACUGUAGGUAGCAAAAAAGCGAUAUGAACGCAUGCAAGAAUAUAUAUAUGUGUGUAAGUAAGUUUGUGUAUCUGUAUGUAUGUUUAUAUGUACAUAUUUGUGUAUGAGUGUCUGUCUGUAUGUGAGUUGGCGUCUCAGCGGGUAUAAAGUCGGACAGCCAAAGCGAAUGCUAGUCAUUUUCGGUUCCUGCACAAGAACGGGUGUGUCCGAAACAGAAGCACAAGCCGAUAUUUACAUUUUGUUGUUGACAGUUGGUCACAAAAAUAUACAUACAUUUGCUUGUAAUGUAUUGAGGGUGGCGCUCCUAAGUCAAAUCACGUGCCUCUAACUAUACUCCAGUGAAACUCUUGGUCUAAAGUUACCUGCAUUCGUUUUAUAUACAAUUUCUACGAUGCACAAAUACGCAUAAAUAAAAUUAAUUUUAAUAAAAAAUUUUAUACAAUUUGUGGACGCACGCAGUUCUUUUGAACUGCCGAAAAUUGUAUAUGCUAGUGAUAUUAGUUUUAGCAAAUCUGCUUUCAUAAUUUAAAUUAAAAAAAAAAAAAUAAAAAAAAAAAUACUUACAUAACAUAACGUUACUAGUAGGGCAUAAGGAAGACUAGCGACCGAAGCAAUCGUUGUAAAAAUUCUUGACUUUAUAUACAUUUUUUGUAAAACAAAAUUCAGCUUUACGUGCCUAUGGAUCCACUUACUCUGCUGACCAUCAUAUGUUGGCUAGUGCUGGCACUUAUAUUCAGUCCGAUAUUGUUCUUCGUCUGCAUUUAUUUACCUGAGUUGCCUGUUAGAUACAUUAAACGCAUUCGAACAUCUUAAAUUAGACGAGUAUUUUUUAUUCAUAUAUACAUAUGUAUGUCAUUAUAUACAACAACUUAAUCGUAAGCUUUCAAUAAACUUAUUUUUAUUGUUAACUUAAUUAAAUUUAA